GGGAUUUCAAACGAUAUGAAAAAUACAUAGCGUCGUCGAAAUUUCGUCAUCUCGGCUGCUCCCAAAUACCUUGUACUGUAUCAGUCUCUCCUCGGGUUGUAAUUCGUGCUCUCAAAAUAUGCGUAACUCAAUAUGACCUUCAUGAGUUAUUCCCUACACCUGAUUGAUCCUGAUGCUUCCUCUGGCAACUGAUGCAUAGUUUCGGAAGUUAUUAUUGAAGACUCCAAAAAUGAAUCCAUCAGAGGAAAAUGAAGCCCCGAGUUCUCCCAUCGCAACCGACCUGGGAAUCCCACCGGAAGCAGCUUUGGCUGCAUCAUCAAGCCGCAGAUCGUCUGAUGUAGAAUCUCUUGUAUCUGAACAAAUCGCAGAAAAUGGUGCAACUAUCUUCCGUUUUCCCUCUGACGAAAAGCCGCGAAAAAGUGACAAGCUGUUCGUCACUUUCUGCGCUUUCGGUGCGAUGAUGAGCAAAGCGAUUUGUUUGCGAAUGCUUGGGCCGACGAUCAUUGAUUUGGCAGAACUCAUGGGAGUGAGGGAGUCCCAAAUAACGCAAGUCUUUUUCGCCAGAGCAUUUGGAUACUUCAUGGGCGCGAUAGCUGCGGGAGUCCUGUUCAGAUACCUGAAUCGAACAUUACUGAUAAUGACAUCAUUGUUCCUCCUGGCGGUCACAAACAUUGCUGUUCCCACAAUGCCGACAUAUCAUUUCCUGUUUGGUGUCUUGCUGCUUCAAGGUGUUGGUCUGGGCAUCGUAGAUCCAGGUAUCAGCACGUACAUCUUGGACACUUGGGGAGAAAAAAGUGCUCCUUACAUGCAAAUGGUCUACCUUGGGUACGGAGUCGGUUCACUGCUAACUCCACAACUGGCGAAACCCUUUCUUAGUGCUUCUGCAGCUAACGUGUCAGCGGAAAUUGAUGCUCGGAUUCGCUUUGAAAAGGAUGAGGACCUUAUCAACAUUCGUACCAGAGUGACGAGAGAAGCACUUCACAGGCUUCGUUCUUCUUGGCUCGUCAUCAGACCAGUUGUGGCUUCUUCGGAGUCUCUGGCAGUGAAUUACGAAAAAAUUUCACUGAAAGACACAGACUUUCUGAAUGAGAAUUCGAUACAUGGUGCAUAUUUUAUUGCUGCUGGGAUUUCCGCCUUUUUCGGCUUGAUGUACAUGGCUUUCAUGGCGAUUCGACCUCAUGUUCGAUUCCGGGAAAAUGUGCCACUGGAGCUGAAGCGAACAAUAAUUGCGAGGCAAAGCACCAUGCCUCAAACUGGAAUUCGAAAGUUCUCAGAUAGGAAUCAAGAGGAAGAACCAAAAAGAAGAUUUUCUUCUCGAUUCUUGAGUGAUCAAAUGGCAGAUAAAGAGUUGCUAAAAGGUCUUGACGUCCCCAAGCCGGCUUACAACAUGAAAAAGGUAGCGUUUUUAUCUGCCGCCGCGCUUGUGUCAUUUUGCAUCUCGGGUCUCCAAGAUCACGUCAGCAUCUUUCUAGUGACGUUCGUCGUCAAGCACCCGUUGCUGACGGUGUCGAAGACGGUGGCAGCGGAUAUCGACACCUACUUUUGGGCCAUAUUCACUGGUGCUCGAGUCCUCACUGUGCUCACGACAGCCUUCGUGAUGAGCGUCGCUUCAGUGCUGGCAUUCUGCUGCGCCCUGCUCGUCCCUUCGUCGGCUUUGUUGGUCGCCUUCCCGUUUCUGGGCCUGGAUCCCGAACAUGCUCGGAUGGUUUUCAUGGUCGCCAUUUUCCUGUGGGGAGGCGCAGAGGCGCCGGUCUUCCCCAGCUACUUGCUCUUCCUCAAGCGCUACAUUCCGAUUUCGCACGUCGAGGCCGCCGUUUUGUUUUCCGCCACUGCCUGGGGCGACGUCGCCAUUUUCCUGUGGGGAGGAGCAGAGGCGCCGGUCUUCCCCAGCUACUUGCUCUUCCUCAAGCGCUACAUUCCGAUUUCGCACGUCGAGGCCGCCGUUUUGUUUUCCGCCACUGCCUGGGGCGACGUGGUUCCCUUCUUUGUUGGCUUCUUGUUGGACGAAGACAAUCUCAUGAUCAUCAUGACUGUCACUGUUGCACUCACAUUCAUUACUGUGGCACUCAUUACUUUCACUUACGUCUGGGGACGAUUCGUUCUCGGGGAGGAUCAUGAAGAUGAGGCGCCAGUCACUAGUGUGACUCGGGGAAGUCCUCCUGACGUCGGGGGACGUCACAAGACUUCGUCCAGCAGACUCAGAGACUCGACAGUUCAAACUUGAGUGACGAUCGUCACCAAAAGCACUCUUUCCUGACGAUAAUAAUAAUGACGAAUGUUGAAAGAAAAAAACUCUGUUCACUGCCUGCGUCGAAGUGUAAUUUCCACCACACGGCC